UCCACGUGGGGCCGCGGCCGAGCGCGGUCCGGCGGCGCCAUGAAGCGGCCCAAGCUGAAGAAGGCCAGCAAGAGGCUGAGCUGCCACAAGCGCUACAAGAUCCAGAAGAAGAUCAGAGAACACCACCGCAAAGUCAGAAAGGAGGCCAAGAAACGUGGACGCAAAAAGCCCAAGAAAGAUCCCGGUGUUCCCAGUGCUGCACCAUUUAAGGAAGAGCUUCUGCGGGAAGCGGAGCAAAGAAAGCAGAGACUUGAAGAACUAAAACAAAAGCAGAAGCUUAACAGACAGAAAGAACAUGAAAAGAAGAGGAAGCUUGAAGCUAAAAAGAAUGCAGCCAAAAUCAAGGAAAAAGCAGAGGGAAAGGAAUCCUCUGGCAAAUCGAAAGGAAAGACUAACAAACUGCUGGAUAAAAACUCAAAGAAAUCAUUUUGCAGGGAGCUCAAGAAGGUGAUUGAGGCCUCAGAUGUGGUUCUAGAGGUUUUAGAUGCAAGAGAUCCAAUGGGCUGCCGGUGUCCUCAACUGGAGCAAGCUGUAACUUGCUCUGGAGACAAAAAGUUACUGUUGGUUCUGAACAAAAUUGAUUUAGUGCCAAAGGAGAACUUAGAGAAAUGGUUGAAUUAUUUGAAGAAGGAGUUUCCAACAGUUGCUUUUAAAUCGGCUACACUGAUGAAGGACAGGACUAUGCAGGAACAGGUCACAAAAAGACGUGCUCGUGUUGAUUUAUCAAGAACCACUAAAAGUUUUGGAAGCGAAUGCCUUUUGAAACUUCUUCAAGAGCACAAGACGACUCAAAACAAAGCCAUUCAGGUUGGGGUAGUAGGUUUCCCGAAUGUGGGAAAGAGCAGCAUAAUCAACAGUCUUAAAGGAGUUCGUGCUUGCAAUGUUGGCCUAACAAGAGGUGUUACCAAGUCAAUGCAAAUUGUGCACAUUGAUAAACAGACAAAGAUGUUAGACAGUCCAAGUAUAAUUGCAGAUCCUUCCAACAGUGCCCUGGCUCUGGCCUUGAGAAGUAUCAUAGACACUGAAGAAUCAGGCUCAGCAGAUGUGCUUGAAGGAGUAGAUGCCAUUCUAAAUCACUGCAGCAAACAGCAGGUAACGAUGCACUAUACUCUCCCAGAUUUCAGGAACACUGAGGAGUUUUUAACUUUACUUGCUCAGAAAAGGGGUAUGCUGAAAAAGGGAGGUGUUCCUGACAUAGAGAAUGUAGCUAAAUUACUACUUUGUGACUGGACAGGAGCUAAAAUAAGCUACCACUCACAACCUCCGGUAUCUCAGAGACUGCCACCAUAUCUUACAGAAGACAAAAUAGCUGAAAUGCAGGAGUGCUUUAAUUUAAAGAACCUAGAAGAAGAAAACAAAAACACUAUUCAAGCUUUAAAAUACCCCAGUCCAGCAAGCAGCAUCAUUUUCCAGUCAGCUGGUAUGGCAAAUGGGACAAUAGAGGAAAAUAAAGUGACAGAGGAAGCAUCAGAGUGGGAAAACUUGGAAACAAGCAAGGAGGGGGAGGAAGAAGAGGAGGAUUUCACAGGCAGUGAUGAUGAUGAAGACAAUGUGGAAGAAGAAGAAGAAAAGGAUGUCAAAGAGGAAAGCAAAGUUCAGGUCAACAGGAAAGCAGAGCUUGGAAAACAACAAACAAGUCCUGCAAAUUCAGAAAAGCAGAUAGCAGAAAGCAAACAUUCCUAUUCACUAUCAUUCAGCUUGGAUAAGACAGCAGAAGAAGAUGAUGCCUAUGAUUUUAAUACAGACUAUGUGUGAAGACAUGGUUUGGAGACUCUUAUUAGCGGCUUUCAGAACAGUCAUAAAGACUUGUGUUGUGGCAGAAGUUGGAGGAAUGCUGCAUACCAGAGGUGCUGCAAAGAUUCACAAUUAUUGCUGUGUCAAAUAAUGUGCAUAAUAAUAGUGUAUCGCUCCUGAUUGUUCCAGAUUUCAUAAAAGUCUAGAAAACCCACUGUAUUUAGCUUUGAGUCCUAAACUUUAUUUCCUGUAUUAAAGCCUAUUUUUAAAAAUUCCUAAUAGACUGAGUUAGUCUGUUCACUUUGCCUUAUAAAAAGAUACUUCAAAAGGAUAAACCCU